UGUGGAACUACUGAGCGUGGGGGUGUCAGAUCUGGCCGAACGAACAGARGCGACAAAAUAAAUACAGAAGUAAAGAAUAGUUGAAAAAAAGUUACCUAGCCUUCUUGAACUCAACAACCACCUAGUAACAGAGCACCRAAKAGGACCAAUUGCCAUAAAGUGACCWUUUGUGGAAGGACCAAUCAUCUUCUGGCUCGAGAAAGCGCUGGCCAAUCCUGAACGAGUCGAGAAUUCAUUCGCGCGCAUCGGAUAAGUUAGUUAUGAGAGAGAACAACAAGACGCGAUCGUAUUAAUAACUUUCGCUGGUGGCAAAGUUUAAUGUAGUUUGCUAAUCGUUUCUUAGCAGUUCUGUUGGAUUCCUGGUCAGCUGAAAUGACAAGUAUAAGCUCAGUAUUGGACAGUCUUGAGGAGUUGGACUCCUCAGACCCUGAAAGCGUUCAUGAGCCUCAGAUGAAACCAACMAAGCGGAGGAAGCAGGCAGAACCUGGGCCUCAGCUGCCUAAGAGACCCAGGAAGAACGCUGCAUUAAGACUGGUGUCCAGCUCCAACAGCAGCCCUGUCUCAAGUCCUCCAGAGCCCUCCCUGCAGCAAUCUCUCUCCCAGGGACAGCUCUCUUCUAACAGACAUGUGAGAAGCGUGAGCAAUCAGGGCAUCAGUGCAAAGAAUAUCUAUGACGCUGUUCGCUCGGGAAAAAGUGCCAUGGUGAGUGUGGUGGAUGAGUGGCUGGACAUCUACAAACAGAGCAGAGAGGCGGGCCUGCUGGUGCUCAUCAACUUCAUUGUUCAGUGCUGCGGAUGCAAAGGCGUGGUCAGCAGAGAGAUGCUGGACAGCAUGCAGAAUGCUGAGAUCAUCAGCAAACUAACCAGGGAGUUUAAUGAGGAUUCGAUAAACUACCCCUUAAGCACACAUGGUCUUCAGCUGAAGCGAUUCAAAGCCGGUUUGUGUGAGUCCGUUCGGGUUCUGGUACGCUCCUGUCGGAAUAGCUUGAUAUAUGAUGAAUACCUCUUCCCCUCCCUGCUGGCUCUGCUCACCGGUCUGUCUGACUCCCAAGUUAGAGCCUUCAGACACACCAGCACUCUGUUGGCCAUGAAGUUGAUGUCGGCAUUGGUGGAAGUAGCUGUUACAGUAGCUGUUCAGCUGCAGACCACGCAACGACGAUACGAUACAGAGAACAGUAAGAGACCAGCUGACAGAGCCUCGGACAAACUGGAGCAACUGAAGGCAACUGUCAGCGAGUUGCAAGAGAACGCAGAGGAACUCUCCUCCAUGAUGAACUCCAUCUUCCGCGGCGUCUUCGUACAUCGUUACCGCGACCGCCUGCCUGCGAUCCGGGCGGCGUGCAUUGAGGAGUUGGGCCUGUGGAUGACAACAGACCCUGAAGACUUCCUCAAUGAUGGAUGCCUGAAAUAUCUGGGAUGGACACUGUAUGACAAGCAAAGUCCAGUGCGUCUGCAGUGUGUGCGUGCCCUGCAGGGUCUGUACCAGGAGAAGGAGUUCAUUGGUCGCCUGGAGCUUUUUACUAGCAGAUUUAAAGAAAGGAUUCUCAACAUGGUGCUGGACAAAGACCCAGACGUGGCAAUGGAAGUGGUCAAUCUGUUACUGAUGAUCCAACAGGCUGCAGAGGAAGGAUUGAAAGAGGAGGAGUGUGGACACGUUUAUCCCUUGGUUUACGCCUCCCACCAAGGCCUGGCAUCCGCAGCCGGUGCCUUUCUCUGCAGCAAGUCUGCUGUAUGAGGAGGAGGGCGCCCUGUUGGAGAUAAUGUUGUGUGCYAUCAGACAGGCAUCACAAGCAACUCCACCUGUUGGGAGAAGUCAUGGCAAGAAGUUCCUGAGUAUGAAGGACAGGAAGAUCCAGGAGCAAGACAGGAGUCGCAUUACCACACACUUCAUUCCCAUACUGCCGCAGCUGCUUAGCAAGUGCUAAAGACCCAACUGGAUGGAAGCUGCUGAACUCCUGUCUUGAGUUACUGAAGAGCAGGCUGGAGUCUAUGGAUUUUGACGUAGAGCUGAUGGUGGCGGCUCUGAAGUGUGCAGGUUUUCAUCUCAUGUGGGCCAAACUGAAUGCAGUCAACGCAAAACCAGCUGAGGCUGAGCUGAAGCGUCUGAAGAAGGACGUACGUUUCUUCUGCAGAAUCUGUCAGUCCUGUUUGUCUCUGGAUCAGACCGAGAUAAGAGAUCAGGCGUUCGAGCUGCUGUGUGACCUGCUGCUGCUGUACAGCGGGGCUUCUGUUCGCUCAGAACCGGCCCUGCAAUCCCUGGUCCACGUGCCGUCUGAUUCUCUGCACGCUGAGCUGGCUUCCUUCCUUCUGGACUACGUCUUUGUUGACCCCGAAGACGCCGAGCUCAAUGAUGAAGAUGAUGAACUGAAAAUGACUCUUGUUCAGAAGAAGCGCAACCACCUGGCUGGUUACUGUAAACUAGUGAUCUACAAUGUUCUGGACCUCAGCACAGCAACCAUCAUCUUCAAGCACUUCAACAAGUACUUUAAAGACUUUGGUGAUAUCAUAAAAGAGACCCUGAGGAGGAGCAAACUCAUCAGCUCCAUACAGAGYGCCAAGACUGUGUGCCUGAGCCUGCAGCAGCUGUUCUCAGAGAUGCUCACAGAGGAUCAAAAUCAGCAGGCUCUCCCUGAAAUACUUGAACUGGCCAAGCGGCUUGCCAUGAGCUUCGGCGUGGAUCUUCAUCGUAUCCGCAAACCGCUGGUGGCCCUGCACACGGACGGUAUACGUUUUGCAUUUCGAGGCAGCGAGGAUGAAGGGGAGGAACUUCCUAAUGUGACCUUCUUGGAGAUCCUCAGCGAGUUCAGUUUCAAGCUGCUCCCACAAGACCGCAGCCAAAUAGAGAAGUUUGUGGCAUCAGAGUGUCCCAGUGCUGCCCUCUCCUGGCCAUCAGUCAGAUUGUAUCAGCAGUCUCUGAAGUCUCGCUCCACCAAGUACAGAGAGCCAGAGGAGGRAGAUGAUGCCGUUUCCGCACAGGACACUCCUGCAGCAAAACGCAAGAAGACRACUCCUCAGGCAUCCAGCACAGCCGGAGGGUCCUGGUUAGAGACCAGYAGUGUCAACAGCCACCUCCAGACCCCCGUCCUCACCUCAACUGUCCAGAAACAGACCGCCAAAGAUGCAGCUUUCAAGAAGCCCAGAGACGCGCUACCUAAUGCUGGUGACAUACCUGAGCUGGAGUCAGAGGAGGAGUUCUCCCAAGAAACACAAAUGCGAAAGGUGAAACCCGUCAAACGAAGACAAGCCUCUUCCAGCCAAACCUCAUCCACUUUAAAACAAGAAGAUCUGGACUCUCACUUCACAAUGCUUUCCCUGAUAGAAGAUGACCGUUCAGGCGGAGAGGAAGGCAACAUGUCAGGAGAGGAGGAGCCUGAGAUCGAAGAUUAUGACAGUGACUCUGAGGCUGCGUACACACUGCCCUCCACACGUCACACUUCAGCCAGUUUCCUGGAUGAGCUCUUUGACUGAAGUCUGUUUCAUUUCAACGUUUCUGCAGCUUCACUGUUUUCAUGUUACAAUAAAGUUAAAGCCUUUCGUU